AAAAAAGAUACGCUUAUUUAGCCCAUUAUACAGUACAAAAAUACGAUUCUCAUGUUCCUAUGCUAUAUUUAUAAGCCACACUAUAUCCCCUGCUUUCAUUUCUUUCUAUGCUUAAUUAGAUAUGUGUUUGGAUUCCUCCGCUCCCCUUUCUCUUUCUUCUUCUCUUCGCCUUUCUUCUGUCCAUUCUUGAAUUCAUUCUUUCAUUUCUGAUUUGUCAACACUAACAACCAUGAGACGAAACUGCAACCUUGAACUCCGCCUUUUUCCCUUCUCCGAUCCCGACUACCAUCCGCCGAUACUGGAGAAGGAGAGUAAAAAUGAGCAAAGCCCACAGCAAAAUCAACAGCUUACUAUUUUCUACAAUGGAACGGUUUGCGCUUGUGAUGUUACGGAGCUCCAAGCGAGAGCCAUUCUAUUCCUAGCAAGUAGAGAAAUGGAAGAAAAACAGAGAACCCCAACCCCAACUCCGACGCCGACUCCAAGUGGGUCAGAAGUAGCUUCUCCAAAUUUGCCAUCUCAACUGUGUAGCCCUAUAGCUGCUGGUCUUUCGAUGAAGAGAUCCAUCCAACGUUUCCUCCAGAAGAGGAAGCAUAGGGUCCAAGAAAAUUCUCCUUACAAUCAUUAAUUAAUCUUAAUAUGCAUGCAUGGAGCAUUAGUUAGCUUUUGAAUGAGAAAUGAAAAACUGCUAAUGUAGGAUAAAUUUGAGUUAAUUAUUUAAUAUCUAGCUCUCUAGAGGAAUCCUUCGGAUGAAUGGAUAUAUCUGCUAUGAGGUUUGUAAAUGAUGAUUAAUUAUUGUAUUAUAUAUGUAUGAGUUAAUAGCUGAUGUUCUCUUCUUACAAUUAUAAUACAUAUCUUUAUUGUUUUUUUUUUA